GCGCUCCCGCGCAUGCGCAGUCGGCGCGCAGGCGGGUCUGCCGCUCUCCCUGGUAACGCGGCGCCGCCCGGCACGGGCCUCCCCUCCCUCCCGGGCCGCCAUGCAGGGCGAGGAUGCCCGGUUCCUCAAGAGGAAGGUAAAAGGAGGCAACAUAGAUGUGCAUCCAUCUGAAAAAGCCCUCGUUGUCCACUAUGAAGUGGAAGCAACAAUUCUGGGAGAGUCGGGACACCUUAUGCUGGGGGAGCGCAAGGAAUGUCAGAAGAUCAUUCGACUGAAGAGUCUUAAUGCAAAUACAGAUAUUGCUUCCCUGGCUCAGAAGGUGGUUGAAGAGUGCAAGCUCAUUCACCCCUCCAAACUUGGAGAAGUAGAACAGCUGUUGUACUAUCUACAGAAUCGCAGAGAUGCCGCAGCGGGAAAAGAAAAGAAAGAAAAAACCACUAAGCCAAAAGAUCCGUCCCCAUUUGAAGGAAUGGAGAUCGAUGAAGUUGCCAAUAUCAAUGACACGGAUGAGUACAUUGAGUUACUAUAUGAGGACAUUCCUGACAAAGUGCGCGGCUCUGCCCUCAUCCUGCAGCUGGCUAGGAAUCCUGAUAAUUUGGAAGAACUGCUUGUCAAUGAGACUGCCCUGGGUGCGUUGGCUAGAGUGCUGAGGGAGGACUGGAAACAAAGCGUGGAACUUGCUACCAAUAUAAUUUAUAUUUUCUUCUGCUUUUCAAGUUUUUCCCAGUUUCAUGGAAUAAUCACACAUUACAAAAUUGGAGCUCUGUGUAUGAAUAUCAUAGACCAUGAGCUGAAGAGACAUGAGCUUUGGCAGGAAGAACUUGCUAAAAAGAAGAAAGCUGUUGACGAAGAUCCUGAAAAUCAAACCCUGAAAAAGGACUAUGAUAAAACUUACAAGAAAUAUCAAGGGCUGGUUGUCAAGCAGGAACAGCUACUCAGAGUUGCACUUUACCUGCUCCUAAAUCUGGCUGAGGAUACUCGCACUGAGCUGAAGAUGAGAAACAAGAACAUUGUCCAUAUGUUAGUGAAAGCACUGGACCGUGAUAAUUUUGAGCUGCUUAUUCUGGUUGUAUCUUUCUUGAAGAAACUCAGCAUUUUUAUGGAGAACAAAAAUGAUAUGAUUGAAAUGGAUAUUGUUGAAAAACUUGUGAAAAUGGUACCUUGUGAACAUGAAGACCUGCUGAACAUCACUCUUCGACUCUUAUUAAAUCUCUCCUUUGACACAGGCCUGAGAAAUAAAAUGGUACAAGUUGGUCUGCUUCCCAAACUGACUGCACUUCUAGCAAAUGAAAACUACAAGCAAGUAGCUGUAUGUAUUCUGUAUCAUGUAAGCAUGGAUGACCACUUUAAAUCGAUGUUUGCCUAUACAGACUGUAUCCCACAGUUAAUGAAAAUGCUUUUUGAAUGUCCUGAUGAGCGAGUUGACCUGGAGCUUAUUUCUUUCUGUAUUAACCUUGCUGCUAACAAAAGAAAUGUACAACUUAUCUGUGAAGGAAAUGGUUUGAAAAUGCUAAUGAAGCGGGCUUUGAAAUUUAAGGACCCAUUGUUAAUGAAGAUGAUCAGGAAUAUUUCACAACAUGAUGGACCAACCAAAAGCCUGUUUAUUGAUUAUGUUGGUGACUUAGCAGCUCAAAUAUCAAAUGAUGAAGAGGAGGAAUUUGUGAUUGAAUGUCUGGGAACACUUGCAAAUCUGACCUUACCAGAUCUGGACUGGGAACUUGUGCUGAAAGAGUACAAACUGGUUCCAUACCUCAAGGAUAAACUAAAGCCAGGUGUUGCAGAAGAUGACCUCGUUUUAGAAGUGGUGAUAAUGAUUGGAACAGUUUCUAUGGAUGACUCUUGUGCUGCUCUGCUGGCUAAAUCUGGAAUCAUUCCUGCACUUAUUGAGCUUCUUAAUGCUCAGCAGGAAGAUGAUGAGUUUGUCUGCCAGAUAAUAUAUGUAUUUUAUCAGAUGGUCUUCCACCAAGCCACCAGAGAUGUCAUUAUCAAGGAAACCCAGGCUCCUGCAUAUCUUAUAGACCUCAUGCAUGAUAAAAAUGCUGAGAUUCGAAAAGUUUGUGACAACACCCUGGAUAUUAUAGCGGAAUAUGAUGAAGAAUGGGCUAAGAAAAUCCAGAGUGAGAAAUUUCGAUGGCACAACUCUCAGUGGCUGGAAAUGGUGGAGAGUCGACAGAUGGAUGACAGUGAGCAGUGCCUGUAUGGGGAUGAUCCUAUUGAGCCCUACAUCCAUGAAGGAGAUAUUCUGGAACGACCUGAUCUCUAUUACAAUGCAGAUGGCCUAAUAGCCCCUGAUGGAGUGGUGAGUCCAGAUUUCUUCAGUGAUUACCAUCUUCAGAAUGGAGACCUUGUUGGGCAGCACCCAUUCUCUAGCAGCAUCGGAGUAGAUGGGUUUGGUCAAGCACCGGGGGUUCCUGGCCGCCCAGCAACUGCGUACGGAUACCGCCCGGAUGAACCUUACUAUUACAGCUAUGGAGCACGAUGAAAAAUGUGCGCUCUGCAGCCCAGGAUGCUACCACCUGCCCUGGAGGAAAAAGCGUGAGCGGCUCGCAGUAGAUCUGUCCCUUGGUAAUGCAUGAUUGUACCACAGUGGGUCCAUUGUUAUGUAUCCUUUGGCAAGUGUAGCUUCAGAUGAACCUAGCCUUUCUGGGUCCAGUGUUGUAGUGACAGUGUUUACUCUUUGGUUGCUCUUUGUCAUUAUUUUUGUACAGUAUUUGCUCUGUGACUUGAAAUCAAAUUGGAAAGCUACUGGACUGGAAAGUGUCAAAUUGUGUAUAUUAAGCUACUAAUUUAAUUUCUAUUAAAUAUAAAAACCUG